UGUCGGGACGGGUAACCGAGGCGCUUCUCGUUUCACGGUUAACCUCUAGGAAUUCACAUCGGAAUUCAAAUCGGAGUCGCGAUAGCGGCUGUAAAGUCGAGACGCCCGUGUUUGUUAGUUUCUAAUCUACGUGAAUUCACUAUGCAUUUCGCGAUAUAGUGGGAAUUAGAAAAUCAAAUAAAUUUACUGAAACACCCGCGGUCUCAUUGGACGACACUUUUCGGCGAACUAAUUAGUUUUAUAAUUUUCGCUAUGUAUGCCCACGAUAUUUUCCUCUUCUCUUUUUCCCCCCCUCUCUGAUCCCUAAUGUUCUAAUUUGUCUUCCAGGUUUUAACACGUUUCCUUUCGGCGAACUCGAUACGUAUAUAACGUAUUUGCUUAGCGUUCAGUGUUCCAACCGCUGUCCUUAAUCAUUCGACUUCAUUCGUGAGAGAGUAGUAAUUAAUUGAAUGAAUUUACGUAGGAACAGAGAUCGAUUGAGCAAAAGAAAUGCUUCGUUCUUUCCGACGCCGGAACAUGUACAUGCUUCGUUACCUCAACGAGUUUCGUGCGUUCAACGAGGCGUCGUCCUUCGUACAAUGAUCCAAAAUGAGACUCGCGCGUUUCUUAGAAGCGCCGAUCUUGAAACCGUGAAAAAAAGGAUACGAUUAAUAAUACGCCCUGGAAAGUGUAAAUCAGCGGUCGCUCCUGGCAAACGUAAUGGAAAGAUAAAAUGUCUUCAAGCUGUGCACGUUCGGAAACACCGCUUGAAAAAAUGGAUCAGGACCAUAGAUCAAACGCCACAUUCAAGCGUAUUAGAUCUCUUGGAUUCACAUUGGUCAGAUUACCUCUUCCUAUCCACAGUACUUGCGCGACAAUCAGUAACAAUUACGAUGCAUCCAAAACCGAAGGUGCUGUCCCGUCCGAAGAAAACGUUACGACGCAGGAGGUCGAGUCGCAUGAGACGACUCGUUUGACACGGGACAUUUCGUCGUCUCUUAGUGCCUGUCCGGACAGUCGAUCCUCUCCAUGCAAGGAGAAUGAUUGUUCCACGUGUAAUUGUAGUAUAAUGAACUGGCGAAAUGAGGAUACCGCGCGGAACAGUGAUGCCAGGAGGCAUUCAUGCUCGACGGGCGCAGAAUCGACGAGGAAACACGAUUUCGAUGGCGUGUAUCUACCACUCGGAUCGAGGACAAACUGUUUAGAGAGCAAGGGAUGGGCAAUCUUUUUCCUUCUCAUCAGCUACUUGUUGUGUACGACACUAUGUACAGCCAUGAACGACUGCGCGGCCGGAUUGAUAACGGCAGGAAAGACUUGGCCGCGAGGCGACAUUGUUAUCCAACGAGGUAAUCCGCUGAGGAUAUACUGUAUGUUAAAUCAAACGUACGUAGACCUUCAUCUGCCGGGUAAAAACUCUUCGGAUCUCGCGUUCUUCCGCAACAAAAGGAAAUUAGGCCGACACUUCGUCAGUAUAGUCAAUGAAACAACGAUAGUCUUGAACAUCCAGGAGCCACCACCCUCCGAUAACAUGUACUAUUGUAAAUUGAGAUUAGGCGAGUAUGGAGAAACGAAUAGAGCUUACGAAGCAGUUUGCCUCAAUAAGGUUGUAGUUGGAGAUGGACCACCGAAACCGGUAAACUUCACUUGCGUAUCCUAUAAUUGGGAAAAUAUGACUUGCUCGUGGGUACCGGAGAAAAAUUUUCUCCAUACAACGUUCACACUAAUGUUCAGAUUGCCUGGUAGAACAGGCGGACGAAAACUGUUUCCUUGCCCGAAAGAAUUCCCAAAACCACUGCCGGAGCACACAUGCGUGUGGGAUGCAACCACCAAUCCGAUUUACAGGCAGCCAUAUGAAACGUAUACGUUCUACUUGAACGUGCAUAAUUUCUUAGGAAACGCCACCUAUACGUACAAAAUUAACCAUUACGCUAACGUUAUCCCGGCGCAACCCGAUGGUCUGAGAGUGGGUAAUAAAACGCUGGACAGUGUGAUGUUACACUGGAACGUUCCUUUCCCAAUGCAAACCUUCCCACCCGGUUUACAUCACAGAAUUAUGUAUGAGAAUCAGUGGGACCGUGAAAAAAGUUGGAAGGUUAUCAAUAUUACAUAUGAGCCUCGUGUAUCCAAGAGAUCUUAUAACCUCAGCGAUUUAGAGUACGCUAAUACCGUGUACGAUGUCCGCGUUUUUAUGAAGAGCGCAGUGGCCAAUGACAACAUGUGGAGCAAAUUCAGCCACGUUACAUUCAGGACAUUACCAAGAUUGCCCGGUUCUCCGCCGCGAACUGAUAUCGGUAGCUUCGAGAUUGCGGAGAAUAAUGCCAACAGGGACAUAUAUCUCUACUGGCAAGCGAUACCUGAAUACCGAGAAAACGGCAACAAUUUCAAAUAUCAGAUCGUUCGCGUGGAGGAAAGCGGUCGUGUGAUAGACAACAUUCAAAUAUUCAAGCCGAGCGAGACAACGAGAACUUACGCUAAAUUCAAGGGAAUCAGCUUCAACAGUUACGCAUUCGAGAUCGUCUCGACGAACGAAAUCGGCGCCAACGAAAAGCGUGCGAAAAUAUUCGUACCGAGCAAACGUGAGAUGCCACCUGAACCGGUAGCCUUUACGAAAAUUGCUUUUGAGGGAGGAUUGUACGAAUUGUCUUGGAAGCCGCCACUCGAAAACAAGGACAUCACGAAUUACACGAUAUUCUGGUGCGAUAACGAGCGCGAUCGGCCUUACCAGUGCACAGGUUACCUAGACUGGGUGCAAGUAUCCAAAGACACUACGAUCUACAACAUGACCGUGCCAAAUCCAGACAAGGUAUACCAAUUCGCGAUUUCAGCGAACACCGCGAAGGGUAGCAGCGGCAUGAUAUGGGCAUCAUGUACAGUCAUCCACAAUAAAGUAGUCGGUAAAAUGAAAUCCGUAUGGAUCAACCGUAUCGGCUCGGACUUUAUUGAGGUUGGUUGGAAACUCGACUGCUCGGAUCGCAUCGGAAUCGUCGAGGGAUUCAACAUUUACUAUUGUCCGAUCCUGUCACCGUUCAAUCUCAAUUGCAAGGGACCCAAGCUGAACAGGACUAUCAAGGCAGACCCACGUAUGAUACACGGCAUCGUGGACAAUCUGAUGCCCUAUACCACCUACAUGUUGGCGGUCGCGGUGUUGACCAAGAGCGGUGAGGGGCUUCACAGCGAUCCUCUGUACAACACGACCCUUGAGGCGGCACCCACCACCUCUCCAAUGGACGUGAAAAUCACCAACGUGACCAACACGACGAUGUUUAUCACAUGGAAAUCACCGGCAGCGAUGAACGGCGUGUUGCGAUACUACGAGAUCUAUUAUAAUGACCAGGCGAAAAAGGCCGAGGAGAACACUCACGUCGAGUUGACGAACUUGGCUCCGUACCAGAGGUACAACAUCAGCGUCGCUGCCUGCACCGUCGCGUGCAGUGCAAAGUCGCCAGUGGAGGUUCAGUAUACCCACAUCGGCGUGCCCGGCAAGAGCAACGUGCCCACCGUCCGUUUCAUGAACUCCAGCCAGGUGCUCGUCACAUGGGAGACGCCGCAGAACGCCGCCGGCCCCGUAGACCACAUGUAUUACGAGAUCGAAACUAACGACGGCGAAAUUCGGAACACUACUUCGCUAAAGAUCCAGUUGCCCAUUCCCGACUGCAAGGUUGGUCGGGAGGGGCAGUACAGGUUCCGGGUCAGAGCCGUAAAUGUCGCAAACGGCGUGCAUUUAAAAGGGCCUUGGUCUGAUCCCGGCGAGGGAAAUUGUUACAGUGAUGGACCAUCGUUCAGAGCGAUGAUUUUUAUAUGGCUAGCGAGCGUCCUUGCUGUUAUAUCGUUCUUACUGUUCUCCUUCUACGCCUCUAAGAAACUGUGGUUAAAGUGUCGAGCUAUGCGGGACGUCGAAGUGAAACUUCCACCCGGACUCCAACCAGAUAUGAAACUUCUUCAGAAAGGCAACGAGCAACAUACACGGCAGUCAUCCGCCGAUUCGAGCGGCUGUUCGAGUGGCCAGGAGUCUGUCACCUCUUCGCUCACGGCGGAGUCUCAAGUUUCUAGCGACAGUGGCACGGAGGUAAACCUGGUGUCUCCGGAGAAAGUGUUGGAGGACACCUUAAUUGCUCCAACCACCUGGGAAGCCGGCCAACGUCUUCGACAGAGGAAUAAUACCAGCAUAGCACAGACGGAUGUAGCGAAGACCGCUGGUUCCCAUGAUUGGAACUUGUACAAGGGGAACAAGUCGGGUGAGCCGGUUGAGACAGCGUCGUUGGCACGAUCCACGCCCAAUCUGACUGACAGUAUCGGCUGCACGACGUCGCCGCACACCUGGUCUAGCACUGGUUACAUCAGCAUGCCAUCCUCUGAAGAAUUGUCGAGCAAUCCGAGUCCUGUACCGAGAGAGAACGCGAACAAUGUCGCUAACACCGGCAAUGUCGCUGGCCGCUACUGCGUCAUCGGUGGCAAGCCCGAGGAUGAUAAUGGAAUCAGCGCGAUGUCGGACUCUAAUGACGAAGCGAACGACGCUCUGAUACCAGCCGAACGAGAAACGACGUCCAUGGCAAAUCCAUACGUCAGCUUAGCUUCGCUGGAGCAAAAACAGAAGGAGAAGGAAAAGGAGAAUCAACAGGCGGUUGUCAGCUUGCGCGAUUUAAAUCAGUUGAACUCACUCGUCGACCCCGGCAACAACAAAUUUAAUCUGAACGCAUUGGCACCGGGCUUCACUCUCCCUGAGAACACGACGGCGAGGCAGGAACCAUAUGUCCAGACGGGAUUGAUGAAUGCGUUGCACAAAACGCUCGCCUCAAAUCCAGUUGAGCAGUCUGCGAAGGGUGACGCUCCAAAGUGCGACUCAUUCGCCUCAACAUCGCUCACGGACUCGCGCAGUAAACCGUACGUGUCGUCGUUCAUGGUACUGGGAGCGUCCACUUCGUUACCUGAGGCGAUCUUGAACACGUCGACGAAGCCGAGCGUCGCCACGCCGCAGAUAGCCGAAUUACCGCAAUCUUCGAUCCACGCUGCGGAGAAGAAGGAAUCUCUGCCGCAGAAGGGGGAACCGCACAGCCCCUCACGUAUUCCCGCAUCGAGCGAGAAGUCGCCCAACCCAUCAUACAUAUUCGCGAGCCCUAUACUCCGAAUGCUGCAGAAACAGUAUCAGAAACAACAACGAAAGAAGGAGCAGCAACAGCAGAAGCAGAAGCCGUCGGCGAGUGUGAUGGAGGAGAAGAAGAACGACGAUAAGGACAACGCGUCGUGUCCUGCUUUAUCGUGCGGCGCGGAAUCCGGACGAGAAGCAGCAGCAGCCGCGAGGCUGAAUCCUGCGAGAAUGCCCAUCAUCACGAGACAGAAGUCUGGCUACGUCACCAUCGCCGAGAAUCCGGACGCGCCGUCGGCGACAACCGGCCAGUCGGAUGAGCAGUACAGCAAAAUGACGGUUGCACCAAGUACUGUUCAAUGAAACGAGGAGGGAGACGCGCAUCCGUCGCGUUUCUCUCCUACUCUUCCUUUCCGCGGAAGUGAUUACCAUUACCAUUUGCGUAGGCGGACGAAGUAGGCGCGCGGCGAUAAGAAUAGUUUGUGAGUAGUGUUCGCGCGAGAGACUGAUGUGCGUUCGUCUGAACGGUAAACACGUGUACGCAAACACUCGGGUGCGAAUCGACUGAACGAUAGCUUGGAGCACGAAACCCACUCUUUUAAUAAUUCAGCAAUCGGAAGAAGUCGGAUCCUCCCUGUAAACUCACGCCUGCAACGUUCUCUUGGGACGAUGUGUUCGAUAACUUAUCAUUGCGAGUGAAACCGGUGAACACAGGGUCGAUCGAGGAACGCUCUAACCCAGGAAGAAAAUGAUUUUUCAAUAAAAGAGUUCUGGUAAGUUGACGUUCGAAGAUGCUUACCUUGUACAGUUAGCCCGCUCAAGGGAGAUUAUGCGCAUGUUAAAGAUUUAGAUAAACGCGCCUGUGCAACUAGAUCAAAAACAGUAGAUUCACUCGUAGGAGGGACGGAACGUUCGUACGCGACUUUUUGAUAAUAGCUCUUUGAAGAAGCAUUUUCGAACGUAUUUAACAGGAUUUCUUUGAGAACUGAAUUUCUAUUUUGUCUCCCAAUCUAACGCCACUUUGUUUGAUCAUGUCUCGUACAUACAGAAUAAUGUGUAUAUAAUAUAUAUAUUAUAUAUGGUAUAUAGCGAUACUGACUGGUAAAAAUGUUACACGUGUUAGCGUCCUUGUUCGCGAAAGUAUGUACAAACUGCGUUACUUCUUUUAUACGAUAUGCGUAAUGCGUGAUGUCGUCGCAAGACCACGCGAUAGAGAUAGGAUAGGUAAAUAAGUUAUGUCUCUGGCACAUGUAACACCCAGAUCGACGAGCAGUCGUUGCCGGAGCAAUCAAAUUUAAUUAAUUAAUUAAUUAAUUAGCUAGACACUUUAAUGACAGUAACGAUCAAGUUGUUACUUUUCUCGCGACGAUUUUCGUUUAAUCGCGAGAAAAUGUUUUGCCAUUUUCGCGGAGAUAGUUACGUAGAUUUUAGGAAUUGUACUUCUCUUUUGAUUACCACGAGAUUUUUUUUCUCUCUCUCUCUCUCUUUUGUUUAACCCUUAGUUAGUCGUUCAAUUCGCCUCAUGCGGCACUUUAUUAGAUUUCUUAUUAUUAAAUUAGAAAUUAGUUACUAAAUUACAGACUAAGAAUCUUAUAUCGUAUAUUGGUUUCCUAUCCAACCAAUGAGCAAAUUUUAGUAAAAAAUGGAAAAAAAGAAAAAACAAUUAUGAAUUUGUAACGAGUUGUUUUGCAUGUAUUAUACAAAUUGUCAUCACAAAUUUCAUGUGAUUAAUUAAGGGUUAAUAUAAAUUGUUUUGGUAUUACUAUCGACGAUUGAUUCUCAGCGUUAAAAGUGACAUAUUGCAUACAGAUAUUCUUCCAGAUGAUAUCUCUCUCUGGAGACUGUAAGCGCAGAUUCCGCCACGCGGAAGAAUUUCGCUCGCCGUUGCGUGACGGAAUUACGAUUGCUCAAAGAAGAAUUUUAGGUGGAACGCUCGAAAUUACCGCGCAUUACGGCUACAAUGACGACUAAGCGACGAAAGUUCUCUAUUUUUCUAACUAGGCAGAAGCACCGCACGAAUCCCGUCGAAGCCCUUUUCACUAAACGGUAAAUUGUGAGAAAAAGAGGGAACCGGUGACAAUAGCUAAAUCGAUUCGCAGUUUUUUCACACACAGUGUAAUCUAUCAUUGGCUUCGGUACUUUAUUAUAUCGAUUACGAGGGAAGUUGUAGGGACGCGGUAGACCAACCGCGACCGGCUUUUAUAAUAGCAACAUUAUGCACAGUGUACAGAGUAACCGAGGACAGGGUCAGGGAUAAUAGAGUAAGACGGGAUAAAAGCACACACGGGUGUUGCGCCAUGGGCGUUGUCGGGCAAUUUGCGGGGGCCUGUAAUGUCCUGAGCCUCCGGAGGAAGGGAGAAACCUUCGACGUCGCGUUACAUUACAUCAAGAUGCCACAAAGAUCGUUUGUUAAUAUUGUACAUAAAUUUUAUAUAAUGCACUAACACACGUCCAUAGAGCGGUAGGUAAACACGGCAGGAGCGGUUCGACGCUCACUGCUUUAUUUUAACAAUCUCGGAUCAGCCUGGUCGAGAACCUCUGAAAGAAAUCCGCGUGGAGACGCCCAUGCGCUGCAAUUAUCCCGGGUAUCAUGCGCUUAAUUGCGCGCCGCGCAAUUACAGCACACAGCUGAAGUAUAUAUAAUUCUAUUUAACUCGCGCACGCAGUGUAGCCUCAGUCGUGAACAAUGCACGAAACCGGCGACUGGUUUCACGGGACGCUCUCACGCUACCGAGCUGUAGGAAUAUAUGUAUGCAUAAUAUAUAUACCUUAAGCUAGUCAUUGACACGAUUUCCUCUCGCUGCAGGCCUUUCUUUCACGUAAUAAGGGAUACAGGCUUCGUGGCGAUCCCAGAUUCGCGGGAUUCACCGAGUCGAUCAAGCGAUUCCUUCGCUCUCCUCCAGCACACGGUUCUCGCUCCGCUCGACGAGCGACCGAUUGUUCUUUCGUUUUCCCCAUUAAAGGUCUUGCAUCGGUGAACCAUAAGAGAGCGAAUCCUCAAUUGAUCGACGCGAAGCGUUAUUUGAUUCGUCGAAUAGCAUCUAAGUGGCGCUUAACAAGGUUUUUGCCGAGCGUAUAUUAGUUUACGAAGGAAAUGCUGUGUACUGAGCAAUUGUCGAAGGUACUUGCCUAUAAUUGUUACUGAAUGAGAUUUGUAAAAAGUAAUUGUAGUUUAUACAAUUAGGGAAUAGGUCAGCACAACUACCACCGAACUACGUCUAUAUUAGUUUUCCGUUUCUACUUCCGUAGGAAUUGUACCGCGAGGAAAAGAAAAUUGUAAUAUUUCUACAAAGAGAGGCCUGGAGAAUGUGUUUUUGUAGGGCGCAGUUAUUUUACACAGGUUUGACCGCGAUCGCUGCCAUUCGAUGAAAAACGGGAAAGCGCUUUGUGUUGCCGCGACUGCGCGAGAUGCAACGAGAAACAUAAUAGAACAUUUGUUUGCGCUUGUGGAAAGCUACUUACGGAAUUUCGCGGAUACGAAACGCGAGGUUCUCUCAUCGAAAACGAGCUUAUGUGUACCCGUAUGUUUGUUGUUAACGAAAGAAGUGCCGCUUAAAUAUUUAAUACAAUACGUGUAAAUGCUGUUUAGUCUGUAACAAUGUUAAAACCGUAUUGACAUAUUGAGAAAAAUUAUAAAUGGAAAUUAAGUUGGUAGAUAGCAAACUGCGAAUUUAUAUUACAUAAAUGUAGACGUUGUUUUAGUCGCGCUUCUUUACAAUUUUUUUUUACGUAUCUAGAUUGCGAUAAUUGUACAUUUAAAUGUCGCUAAGAAUUGUAAAACUAUUUCGAGCUCAAUUUCACCAAUAAUUGCAUUUCGUUUACUUACGAGUAAAACGUACGGAUUGUUCAUGAUUGUAUCAUAUAGUGCAUCAUUAAAAUCAUGUUGGUUUAACGAUUAAGCGAAUUGUAAGAAGCGCAGCUAAAACGAGAAUUGAAUUUUCGAGGUCCAUGUUCUAAGCGAGACACACGGAUAUUUUGAAACGCGCACGUAUAUAUUUCGUGUAAGAAUUUUAAUACGCAUAAAUUGUAUACAAUUUUCAAGCAAAGGUAUUCUUGAAACAAUUUUUUAAUCAUGAAUCUAAUUUGUACGAUGUUAAUAAUAUCGCUCGAUCGAGGAAACGAAACAGUAAACGCACACGUCCAUUAAUGUCCGCUCACGUCAAGAUAACAAAGUAUUUUUUGCGAGGAGAACGAAUUCGAACGAGAGCUUGUAGCUUUGAUUUGAUGAACAAUUUAUAUAGAUUAUACAUUUCUACUUCAUUAGGUUUUACAUAUCCGCAUUGUACAUAUAUACAUAUACAUGAAUAUACCAUGCAUCUACAUACAUAUCUAUUAUUAUCUAUUUUUGUUACACGUAUUUAUAAAUGAAAAGAGGAUACUUUAUUGCACAGCGAACGUAGUGUAUAGGAGCGACAUUUUAGCGCGAAUUUAAGAAUCACGCAGAGACUGCGUCGACUUAUGAUACGUGAGCUCUAGAUCUAUUCUCUAUCGUUAAACAAUUGUAUCUGAUUCGCCUUAUAUACGAAAUCGAAAACGUAUAAUCGAGAAUGCAUAUAUUCGUGUUUUCUUUUCCCAUUUUUUUUUUUUAUCUAAUCAAACGAUCUUUAUAUAAUUUAGUUGAAUAAUACAUAGAGUCCGGUAAAGAUAACGCAAUGUUUGCGUUAUGAUUUCACUGCUAUUCGUAGGGUAGCGAAGAGACCCAGGAGGGAGGAAAAAGCAGCAGGGUAGUAAUAAUCGGUGUGAUGCAUUGAACAUGACAAAAUUAGGUAAAAUUAUCGGAGCGAACGGGCCCGGGAACGGAGAAUGGAUGUUGCCGAUUGGGUUUCCUCUUCCCGUUUUAAAAAUUUGAUGCCAUCCACGAACGUCCACAUGUUCAUGCACAGCUUGUAACGCAGUGAUAAAUUUUUACGGUUGUUGUUAUAUAGAGAGAUCGCUGCGGAUACAAUCUCAUGUGCAAUGAUUUAUUGGAAUUGAUCAAUUUGUGUACAUAAUAUAUAGGACGCGAGUUUACGUGUAUAAUUACGCGCGUACAGAAAUACACACGGUACAACACAGACAUUACGCUGCAAUAUUAUGUAGGAGGAUAUUACAUGUAUGCAUAUGUGUAUAUACACACAUGUAUAUGCAUAGGCACAAUUAUAUAUUAGGUAUAUGCCGAAAAGUUCCGUCCGUUUUUUAAGUAAAAGGAAAUAAUCAUUUUUUAUAAUUUUUUACAGUGCAUCUCGGUGCAUUUUAUCAAAGGUAAGUGCUACAGGUAAAACGAAUGGGGCGUAAUCUGCGUUACAAAAACUUUCAACUUGCUUAAAAUAAAUGUGCGCUGAACGGAGAGAACUUUUCGGCAUGCCUGAUACAUCUGUAUCUUUACAAUUUUUUAUACCCGAGCUCUCCCUUAUCUCUUCAGUAUUUGAUUUUAUAAUAAAAUGCUUUGUUGUGAAAUCAGUUUGUCAGAUUAUUAAUGCAACUUUUACUUGCAUUGUUGCCAUUAGUUUACGAAUUAUUAAUUCCAUGAAAGUCGCUGUCUCAUUGAUACAUUUGCAUACAGGAUAAACACACACACACACACACACAUACGUGCUACUCCGGUACAAUUAAUAGCUCCGUUAAUUAUAUAUCGACGCUAAAUCGAUACUUAUCCUCGAGGAAGACCUUGUACAGAGUAUUGUAAAAUAUAUUUUUAACGCUUUUCUCCUCUCUCUUUCCUGGUUUUAUUAUUUAUGUCGCGCGAAAUGACCGCUUUUGUCGCGACUGUAUAUAGAUCGCCUUCUGCUGUUGUACCAUUGUGUAAUGCCAUGCCGUCAAAGCCUUGCCAUUCGUUUGCAGAGCCCAAAGCUGCUAUCUUUUCUUCAAUACUCACGCACGGUUCGCGCUGAAUGUGAACGAUUCUUCUGUAAUUUUAGCAAAGCUGUCGAUAAAGCGCUGAAGAAUCAUUAGUUUAUAAUCUCAUUAAACUGAAAUAUAUAACAUUUGUAUU